UUUAUCUGUAAUUUUUAAAAUUUUAUUUUUAUUAUUUUUGUUGCAUUUUUCGUUUCUCCUUUCUCAGCGGCGUUGGUUGUGUUGUGAAGUGUGCUCUUGUGCGAUCGGUCGUCUGAGGGGUAGACAUUGUCUUAUUUUAUUGUUAUCACUGUUUUUUUUUUCUUUAUGCAACGGCCUACCUUUUCGCCGUCGUCCUUCAGCUUCCAUUUCCACAGAAACCUCGUGCGCAGGGCGCCGUCCGUCCGUGCCCCUCCUCUGCUUCACAACUCUGUCCAGCGCACUCCAGUCCCCACCAACUUCACUCCACUCCACUCACGUGCAACACCUCCACCGCGUCCUCUCCCUCCGCCUGGCUUUACACGAACACGCACAACACGGUAGCACUAGCAACCUUCCAAAAGGCCGCGGCGGCAAAGCAAACCAUCAAAGCAAAGGAACAGUUAAAAAAGAAGAAGCAACGCCUCCCUCCGCAAAGGAGAGCGAGCGAGAGAGAGAGGAGGUUUCAUUUGUACCGUUCCCGGCGCCAUUGCCAGUUCCCCAUUUGCUUGCCAACCUCGGUUAAAACACCCCUUUCCCCCUCAUCACACGCUCUUCCCAUUGCCGCUGCCGCUGCUACUGCGCCGCUCCGCUCCAAGAAUCGCAGUUCACUGCCCUCCGUCGCUCGCUCACGGCUCACCCCAACCGAGGCUAGCAGUAUCAAGCAGCCCGACCAAGAAAGCGCGGCACGCAAAGAAAGAGGGAUUCUUGCAUUGGAGUCCGGAGAGGGAGGUCGUGUGAAGGGAAGGCCAAUAUAUGGCGCCGCCCCGUGUUGCCGGCGGCCGCGGCCUGCUGCUGCUGCUGGCCGUCCUCGCGGCGCUCUGCUUCGCCGUCGCCAAUGCCGCCGUCUCCUACGACCACCGCUCCCUCGUCAUCAACGGCCGCCGCCGCAUCCUCAUCUCCGGCUCCAUCCACUACCCGCGAAGCACGCCCGAGAUGUGGCCGGGGCUGAUCCAGAAGGCCAAGGACGGCGGCCUCGACGUCGUCCAGACCUACGUCUUCUGGAACGGCCACGAGCCGGUCAAGGGCCAGUACUACUUCAGUGACCGCUACGACCUGAUCCGGUUCGUGAAGCUGGUGAAGCAGGCCGGCCUCUACGUCCACCUCCGCAUCGGCCCCUACGUCUGCGCCGAGUGGAACUUUGGUGGCUUUCCUGUUUGGCUCAAGUAUGUGCCCGGCAUCAGCUUCAGGACAGACAAUGGCCCCUUCAAGGCGGAGAUGCAGAGGUUUGUCGAGAAGAUCGUGUCGAUGAUGAAAUCCGAGAGGCUGUUUGAAUGGCAGGGUGGUCCGAUCAUCAUGUCUCAGGUGGAGAAUGAGUUCGGGCCAAUGGAAUCCGCUGGGGGCGUCGGCGCCAAGCCUUACGCGAAUUGGGCUGCUAAGAUGGCUGUGGCCACCAACACCGGUGUGCCGUGGGUGAUGUGCAAACAAGAAGAUGCCCCUGACCCCGUGAUUAACACUUGCAAUGGCUUUUACUGCGAUUACUUCACCCCAAAUAAGAAGAACAAGCCAGCCAUGUGGACCGAGGCCUGGACCGGGUGGUUUACGUCGUUCGGAGGGGCAGUGCCUCACCGUCCGGUGGAGGACAUGGCCUUUGCGGUGGCAAGGUUCAUACAGAAGGGUGGCUCCUUCGUGAAUUAUUACAUGUACCAUGGAGGAACCAACUUUGGACGCACAGCAGGCGGUCCCUUCGUCGCAACCAGCUACGAUUAUGAUGCCCCGAUCGACGAAUUUGGUUUGCUUAGGCAGCCGAAAUGGGGUCACUUGAGGGACCUGCACAAGGCCAUCAAGCAGGCUGAGCCUACCCUUGUUUCUGGUGAUCCUACAAUCCAGUCACUGGGAAACUACGAGAAGGCAUAUGUCUUCAAGUCGAAAAAUGGAGCUUGUGCCGCGUUCCUGUCAAACUACCACAUGAAUUCAGCCGUGAAAGUCAGGUUCAAUGGAAGACACUAUGACCUCCCUGCUUGGUCUAUCAGCAUUCUGCCAGACUGCAAAACCGUGGUUUUCAACACUGCAACAGUGAAGGAACCAACUCUGCUGCCAAAGAUGCACCCGGUGGUACGUUUCACUUGGCAGUCGUACAGCGAGGACACAAACUCACUGGAUGACAGCGCAUUCACAAAGGAUGGUCUGGUCGAGCAGCUUAGCAUGACAUGGGACAAGUCAGACUACCUAUGGUACACCACAUUCGUUAACAUUGGUCCCGGUGAGCUCUCGAAGAAUGGCCAGUGGCCUCAGCUCACUGUAUACUCCGCUGGGCACUCGAUGCAGGUUUUCGUCAAUGGGAAAUCAUAUGGUACUAGCACUUUGCUACAUGGCGUUUCAGAUCAAAUCAAGAUCCAAAUUACAAGGACCCUCCUUGAUUAUCUUUGUGUUGCAGGUUCUGUCUAUGGUGGUUUCGAGAACCCCAAGCUGACAUAUGAUGGACAUGUGAAGAUGUGGCAAGGUAGCAACAAGAUCUCCAUUCUGAGUUCAGCAGUUGGCCUUCCUAAUGUCGGGGACCAUUUUGAGAGGUGGAACGUCGGUGUCCUCGGACCGGUGACCCUCUCCGGCCUAAGUGAGGGGAAGAGAGACCUGAGCCAUCAGAAAUGGACAUAUCAGGUCGGCCUGAAAGGCGAAUCGCUGGGGAUCCACACUGUCUCUGGGAGCUCCGCCGUUGAGUGGGGCGGUCCUGGCAGCAAGCAGCCACUAACUUGGCACAAGGCCUUGUUCAACGCGCCGUCGGGGAGCGACCCGGUGGCGCUGGACAUGGGGAGCAUGGGGAAAGGGCAGAUGUGGGUGAACGGCCACCACGUCGGCCGGUACUGGUCCUACAAGGCGCCCUCCCGCGGCUGCGGCGGCUGCAGCUACGCCGGGACGUACCGCGAGGACAAGUGCCGGUCCAGCUGCGGCGAGCUCUCCCAGAGAUGGUACCACGUGCCGCGGUCGUGGCUGAAGCCGGGUGGCAACCUGCUGGUGGUGCUGGAGGAGUACGGCGGCGACGUCGCCGGCGUCACCCUGGCGACAAGAACACAAUGAAGAAAGAUAUCCCUGCUGAUUCAUCUCUUACUAUAUUUCACAUUCUGCGAUGGACAUGCGAGAUAGGAUAGGAGUAGCAUGGUCACGCGGUGCUCGCCCAAGGACUUUCCACAGAUAACACUAGUGCACACGCAGACGCAGGCAGCAGCUACAGGUAAAAAGCAGGAGAUGGUAUUUAUUGGAUGCGAGUGGAAAUAGUUGGUUGAGGUGCCAUCCAUCAGUGAUUGCGGCCGCAGAAACGGCAGCUGCACCUGCACUUGCAAUCAAUCUGCCAGCCAGCCGAUUCAAUUCUUUUGAAUCUCAUGUGACUCAAAAAUAGGAAUAACACUUUGCUACCACCACAGUACUCCAGUGUAUGAGGUGUUUACUGUUACUGCUUGUGACAGGUUUUUUGUACUGCAUUUGCAACAUUUGGGUCAAAUAUAUGGUGCACGAACAUUGCCCGAUCCAUGAAGUACUACUAAAAGUUUGAUUUUGGAAGGUUAAUAAUAGCUUGUUGUUACU